GGUGUUGUUGCAUGGUGGGGGUACGGAGCAGGCGCCAACAUGGGGGACAGCUUUCUGCAUCUGGGAGACAUAGUUUCCCUGUACGCAGAGGGCUCUGUAUCAGGAUUCCUGAGUACCUUAGGGUUGGUAGAUGACAGAUGUGUUGUCUGCCCAGAGGCAGGCGACCUGACUGAUCCGCCCAAAAAGUUCCGGGAUUGCCUGUUCAAGAUAUGCCCCAUGAAUCGGUAUUCUGCUCAGAAGCAGUUCUGGAACACCGCCAAGCAGUCCGCAAACUCCAACACGGACACCGGACUGCUGAAGAGGUUGCACCAUGCAGCGGAAAUCGAAAAGAAACAGAAUGACUUAGAAAACAAGAAGCUAUUGGGCACAGUCGUCCAAUAUGGCAGCGUUAUACAACUGUUGCAUGUCAAGUCCAAUAAAUACCUUACUGUAAAUAAAAGAUUACCCGCUUUAUUGGAGAAGAACGCGAUGCGUGUGCAUCUAGAUGCCAAUGGUAAUGAGGGUUCGUGGUUUUACGUAAUGCCUUUUUAUAAACUCCGGUCGACUGGGGACAAUGUGGUAGUGGGCGACAAGGUGAUAAUGAACCCCGUGAAUGCAGGUCAACAAGUCUUACACGUAUCACCGAAUCACGAACUGCCUGACAAUGUUGGUUGUAUGGAGGUGAAUGUAGUCAACUCGUCGACGUCAUGGAAGGUCACAUUAUUCCUGGAGCACAAAGAGAACCAGGAGGAAAUCCUGAAGGGUGGUGAUGUGGUGAGAUUGUUCCACGCGGAACAAGAGAAGUUCCUCACCAUGGACGAAUACAGGAAGCGGCAUCAUGUCUUCUUGAGGACUACCGGCCGAUCUAGUGCCACAGCUGCCACCAGCAGCAAGGCGCUGUGGGAGAUCGAGGUGGUUCAACACGACCCGUGUCGCGGCGGCGCCGGCCACUGGAACUCAAUAUUUCGGUUCAAGCAUCUCGCCACCGGACACUACCUGGCUGCCGAAGCGUGCAAUCGCCCACCCGACGCUCCGGUAGAAUUGGGCGAGCCGGCUUACCAACUGGUGUCGGUGCCGCAUUCGUCCGAAAUAGCCACCCUGUUCGAGCUGGACCCCACCACUAUGACGCACUCCGACACACCUGUACCACAGAGCAGCUAUGUCAGAUUACAGCACCUCUGCACGCAUACUUGGGUCCAUUCGACAUCGAUACCUAUAGACAAAGAAGAAGAAAAGCCUGUCAUGUCUAAGGUGGGUUGCUCAAUAAUAAAAGAAGAUAAGGAAGCAUUCGCCCUGAUAUCGGUGUCGCCCAGUGAGGUCCGAGAUCUGGACUUCGCCAACGACGCGUGCAAGGUACUUUCGGCCUUGUCGACCAAACUGCAUCACGGAAACAUCGAACACAACGAGAGGAAGGCGCUAACGUGCCUCCUCCAAGACAUAGUGUACUUCAUAGCGGGCUUCGAGAACGAGCCCAACAAGUCUGAAGCCCUUGAAUUGGUGGUGGAGAACCCUAACCGUGACCGCCAAAAACUUCUGCGCGAGCAAUAUAUACUGCGGCAGCUGUUUAAGAUAUUACAAGGCCCAUUCCAAGAGACUUCGGAAGGCGAAACGUUCUUGAAGAUCGAAGAAUUGUAUGACCCUCGCUACGCCCCCUAUAAGUACAUCUUUCGCCUCUGCUAUAGAAUACUGAGGCUCAGCCAACAAGACUACAGGAAGAACCAAGAAUACAUAGCAAAGCACUUCGGAUUCAUGCAGAAGCAGAUAGGUUACGACAUCCUAGCGGAGGACACGAUUACGGCGCUGCUCCACAACAAUAGGAAACUACUCGAGAAACACAUCACUGCUUCGGAGAUAGAAACCUUCGUAGGCUUAGUACGCAAGAAUAUGAAGACUUGGCAGUCCCGUUUUUUGGACUACCUGAGCGAUCUGUGCAUCUCCAACAAGAAAGCCAUCGCCGUGACCCAAGAACUUAUCUGCAAGAGCGUGCUAUGCGCUAACAACUCUGACAUACUUAUUGAGACCAGAUUGGUUUCUACAAAAUAUGAGAAGACAAACACACUGGAACCAGACGACAAAGACAAAUACAGCAUCGAAGACGAUGUCAUACUUAUAUGGAACAAUAAAAAGAACUCCCGGCUCCUAUCAGAAUUAGCGGCGGAAGCGCGACUGGACCCUACGUGCGAGUCCGCCGCCAUUUUGGACUAUUAUCGCCAUCAGCUCGAUCUGUUCUCCAACAUGUGCCUCAAUCGACAGUACCUCGCGCUCAACAGCCUCAGCCCGCAGCUGCACAUUCAUCUCAUUCUCAAGUGUAUGUCUAACGCUGAGCUGUCGUACGAGUUGCGCGCGUCGUUCUGUCGACUGAUGCUGCAUCUACACGCCGACCGCGACCCGCAGGAGCCCGUCACGCCCGUCAAAUACGCGCGCCUCUGGACCGAGGUCUGCGACCGGAUACAUAUCCACGAUUACCAAUGCGUGAAAGGCGGUCCGGACGCGAACCGUGAAAAAGUGAAAGAGCAAUUCGCAUCCACCAUCCGCUUCGUGGAGAACUACCUUUGCAACGUGGUCACUCGCACCUGGUACUUCAGCGACCACGACCAGAACAAGCUCACCUUUGAAGUGGUCAAACUGGCCAGGGAGCUAAUAUACUUCGGCUUCUAUAGCUUUAGCGAUCUCCUCCGUCUAACCAAGACAUUGCUGAGCAUCCUCGAUUGCGUGACGGCAAUGGACUUGCUGAACGAAACCAACGCCCUGUCUGGUGAAGUUGAAUCCGAGGGGGGCGUGCUGCGAAGCAUCGGUGAUAUGGGCGCAGUCAUGACCUCCAUAACCCUUGGAUCAGUAGCCAGAAACGCCGGGGGAGGGGGCGUCGGCGUAUCAGUGGGGGGCGGAGGCCCGGGGCUCCAGCGCAGUGCUUCGGCGCUAGUGCUGGCCCGCGAGCACCCGCUCGUCAUGGACACCAAGCUGAAGAUCAUCGAGAUUCUGCAGUUUAUUCUGGAUGUGAGACUGGACUACCGCAUCAGUUGCUUGCUGUCGAUCUUCAAGAAGGAGUUCGAGCAAGCGGGCGAGCGGAGCGCCGACUCGCUCGCGCGGGCCGAUGUGGAGGCGAUAGGGCUGCAAGCUGAAGGCAUCUUCAGUUGCCGGGAUGGAUUGGACUUAGACGAAUGCGGAGGCCGUAUGGUACUCCGGGUGCUACUGCAGCUGUGCUCGCAGGGGGCGUCAGCCGCGCUGGUCUCCGGAGCCCUAGCACUGCUGUUCCGACACUUCAGCCAACGGCAGGAGGUGUUGGCCGCAUUCAAACAGGUUCAACUACUAGUCUCAGACGCGGACGUAGAGUCCUAUAAACAGAUCAAGGCCGACUUAGACCUGCUCAGACAAAGCGUUGAGAAGUCCGAACUGUGGGUGUUCAACAAAGGCCGCGCCGGCCUUCUAGAUGAACAUUCAGGUAUAACCGGCACAGUCGGACCCGGCGGCGCUGUGUUGGAACGCAACGCGUCUUUGGAUAACGUUCUAGAUACUUCUAGAACGAGCAAACACGACCACAACGAAUACAAGAAAAUAAAAGAGAUAUUGCAACGAAUGAUAAAGUACUGCACGCACGGCAACAGCGGCGGCGGUGUCACCGGUAGACCUAGGCGGCACGAACAACGCCUUCUCAGGAAUAUUGGCGUGCACAAUAUCGUGCUGGAUUUGCUACAGGUACCGCACGAUGAAGACGACGCGGCAAUGGACGAAUUGCUCUCACUCGCGCACGAAUUCCUGCAACACUUCUGUCACGGCAAUCAACAGAACCAGGCGAUACUGCACAAACACCUGGAUCUGUUCCUAAACGCUGGAAUAAGAGAAGCGCAGACCGUGUGCGCCAUAUUCAAAGACAAUGCUUCUCUAUGCGCCCACGAGGGCAACGAGAAAGUGGUGGCUCAUUUCGUUCACUGCAUAGAGUCUAGGGGGCGCAGGCCGGCGUACUUACACUUCCUUCAGACUAUAGUGCAUGCUGAUACGCAGUAUAUAAGGCGGAGUCAAGAUCUAGUCAUGCAAGAGAUGGUGAAUGCCGGCGAAGACGUGCUAGUAUUUUAUAAUGACAAAGGAUCAUUCAACACUUUCAUACAAAUGAUGAAGCAAUUCAAACAAACCAAUGAGAUGCCAGAAGCUUUAAGGUACCACAUUCAGCUGGUGAAGUUGCUCACUUGCUGUACGAUGGGUAAGAACGUGUAUACGGAAAUCAAAUGCCAUAGCCUCUUACCGUUGGACGAUAUUGUCGCCACGAUCACCCAUCCCCAUUGCAUCCCUGAGGUGAAGGAAGCAUACGUGGGAUUCCUGAACCACUGCUACAUCGACACUGAGGUAGAAAUGAAGGAGAUAUACUCCAGCAACUACAUGUGGGACUUGUUCGAAAGGUCCUUCCUGCAGGACAUGCAGGCAAUCCUGCAGGACCCAGGUCGAUCGUCGCCCAUACCGGGUGGGUCGAGCAGCAGUGGGGACAACAUCGUGACGGGCGGGGCUGAGCGCCGGCGCGCGUGGGUGGAGUACGUGACGGACGUGCUCAUGCACACCAUAUGCACUUUCUUCAAUUCACCGUUCAGCGACCAAAGCACCACCGUGCAGACCCGACAGUCAAUCUUCGUGAAGCUGCUGCAGACCACAUUCAGCAUUUACCAAUGCCCGUGGCUAACGCCGCCGCAGAAACUCAACGUGGAGAAAUGCAUCCGUACUCUAAGUGAAGUCGCCAAAACGCGGAGCAUAGCGAUCCCCUUAGACCUGGAAGCUAAGAUCCAGACGGUAUUCGAGAAGGCUGCGGCGUUGUCGCGGCAGACCAGCAAGUGGCUGCUGGCUUCCAAGACCUCUAAGCUGGAGAAGAUGGCUUCACAGUCGAAUCUGCAGAACGACAGAUCGGUUAUGGAGGGCCUGCAGGAGAUAGUCGCUUUACUGGAGGAACAACUUCGGCCACUGCUGCAGGCGGAAUUGUCGCUACUGGUCGACAUCUUGUAUAAGCCCCAUCUUCUGUUUACGAGCCCUGGGGAGCUCAGCCAGCCUGACACCAGCGGCAUCUUCAUAUCCAGAUUGAUAAGACACACAGAGAAGCUUCUGGAAGAAAAGGAAGAAAAACUAUGCGUCAAAGUGUUGCGCACUCUGAGAGAAAUGAUGGCGGUCGACCCUGAGUACGGGGAAAAGGGCAACCAGUUACGCAACAAGCUGUUGUCGCAGUACUUCGUUAGCCGGAAGUCCGAGCCCAAGCUGCAACCCCCGCCCCCGGUUGCCGUCACCACCCACGGGCCUGGAGCCAAGGUGUUGAUGCGCACGGGCCAGACUUUGGCGCAGGUACAAGCGCACCUGGACAAGGAGGGUGCCUCCGACUUGGUGGUAGACCUCGUCAUUAAAAGUACGAACAGACCGGCCAUUUUCCUGGAGGCCAUACAGUUAGGUAUCGCUCUCCUAGAAGGUGGUAACCCCAUCAUCCAGCACAGCAUUUUUACGAAACUACAGAAUGGCGAGAUAUCGCAAGCAUUCUUAAAGGUAUUCUACGACAAAAUGCGUGAGGCUCAGCAAGAGAUCCGCUCGAUGGCCGCCAGCAGCACCGCCGCCGCCAGCAGCGACAAGCAGCGGCCCGGCAACGACAAGCAGAAACCACCCGCGGACGGUCGCUCUACGCCCGGCCCCCUAGUGGUGGGCGAAGAGAUGGACGACGAGGUGACCAACGCUUGCGGAUCUGCUGUGCACGCAUACUCGGAUAUACAUACUAUGUCGCAUGGCACGACAGUUCUGGAAGAAAUAAUGGCAGAGAAGAAACGUGAGGCAGGCAGUUCCGACGUGCUCCCCGCCAAAGUGGCCGUGAUGCGACCCAUACUCAGGUUCCUGCAGCUGCUCUGCGAGAACCAUAAUCCGGACUUGCAGAACCUGCUCCGUAACCAGAACAACAAAUCGAACUUUAACCUGGUGUCGGAAACGCUGAUGUUCCUGGACUGCAUCUGCGGCUCCACCACCGGGGGGCUCGGGCUACUGGGGCUCUACAUCAACGAGGGGAAUGUGGCCCUCAUCAAUCAGACGCUGGAGACCCUCACGGAAUACUGCCAAGGACCCUGCCACGAGAACCAGAACUGCAUAGCUACACACGAGAGCAACGGCCUCGACAUAAUCACGGCUUUAAUUCUCAACGAUAUCAACCCACUGGGCAAGACGCGCAUGGAACUCGUGCUAGAGCUCAAGAACAACGCCUCCAAGCUCCUGCUGGCUAUAAUGGAGUCCCGCAAUGACUCGGAGAACAACGCCGAGCGAAUUUUGUACAACAUGAACCCGAAACAGCUAGUGGAUGUUGCCUGCUCUGCCUUCCACCAAGAACACGCAAUGGACGCCGACUCAGAAUCUGAGGACGAAGCGCCCGUACAAGGAGUCUCACCAAAGGAGGUGGGGCACAACAUCUAUAUACUGUGCCACCAGCUGGCGGGGCACAAUAAGGAGCUGGCCGCGCUGGUCAGGGCUCAACCCGCGGGUCCCAAUGCACCCGCCCUGCAGUACUACCGUACUCACACGGCGCAGAUAGAGAUAGUAAGAACGGACCGCAGUAUGGAGCAGAUAGUGUUCCCAAUACCGGAGAUAUGCGAGUAUCUGCCAGCCGACAGUAAGCACAGGGUGCUGCAGAGCGCCGAGCGCGACGACCAGGGCAGCAAGGUGGCCGAUUUCUUCGCCAGGCUGGACAACCUGUUCCACGAGAUGAAGUGGCAGAAGAAGCUCAGAGGGCAACCUUUCCUGUUCUGGGUAUCUUCUUACAUGUCGUUAUGGAGCAAUAUUUUGUUCAACUUCGCCGUUCUUAUCAAUGUUAUUGUCGCCUUCUUUUACCCUUUCCAAGAUGAAAACCCAAAGCUGGGACAGCACCUGUCGCUGGUAGUGUGGUGCGUGUCGGCGCUGGCAGCGGCGCUGGUUACCUGGCUGCCGCGCUCCUCCGGCGUGCGCGCGCUGCUGGCUAGCGGCAUCGUGCGCCUGCUGUACUCCGCCGGGCCCGAGCCUACGCUGUGGGGCCUGGCUAUGCUCACGAUAGUGGUGAAGGGGAUUCACCUCGUGAGCAUAAUGGGCAACCAGGGCACGUUGUCCAAGUCGACGCGGAACGUACUCACCGACCCCGAACUCCUCUACCACUGCGUUUACCUCGUUUUCUGCUUCUUGGGCAUAUGCUGCCACCCGUUCUUCUUUUCCGUCCUUCUGCUAGACAUUGUGUACCGCGAAGAGACGCUAUUGAACGUGAUGCGAUCAGUGACACGCAACGGGCGGUCGAUCCUACUGACGGCCGUACUGGCGCUGGUGCUGGUCUACAUGUUCUCCAUCGUCGGCUACAUGUUCUUCCGGGACCACUUCCUCGUGACCGUCGACCGCCUCGACGACGACGACGACCCCCGCUACGACCUCGACAACUGCAACGACCCCUCCUCGAAGUACCUCCACGACGCGGGGGAGUCGUGCAAGGGCCGGGGCCGCGGGCGGUUCGUGUCAGUGGGCGGGGAGGUCCGCGAGAGGAGCUGCGACUCGCUCAUCAUGUGCAUCGUCACCACGCUCAACCAGGGCCUGCGCAACGGCGGCGGUAUCGGGGACAUACUGCGUGCGCCCGCUAGCUUCGAGCCCCUGUUCGUUGCGCGGGUGGUGUACGACCUACUGUUCUUCUUCGUCGUGAUCAUCAUCGUGCUGAACCUCAUCUUCGGCGUGAUCAUCGACACCUUCGCAGACCUUCGUAGCGAGAAGCAGCAGAAGGAGCUGAUUCUCAAGAACACCUGUUUUAUAUGUGGAUUGAACAGGUCAGCCUUCGACAACAAGACGGUCUCAUUUGAGGAACACAUAAAAAGCGAGCACAACAUGUGGCACUACCUCUACUUCAUGGUCCUGGUGCGGGUCAAGGACCCCACCGAAUUCACCGGGCCAGAGAGCUACGUGCACUCCAUGAUAAAGUCGAACAAUUUAGAUUGGUUCCCGCGCUUACGAGCCCUAUCGUUGAUGGGCGGCGGCGAAGGCGAAGGCGGAGAGCUUGAGCUCAGAAACCUUCAGGCUCAGCUCGAGCGAGCGCAGCGAGCAGUCGCCACGCUCACCGACAUGCUCACCGAGCUACGGGACCAGAUGACUGAACAAAGAAAGCAGAAACAACGCAUCGGAUUACUAAACUCCACCUCUGCGUACCUCCAGAACCUGCAAAUGAACCUCCCGCCGUAA